AUGGCCACGCUCUGAUAAGGGCUGUGGUUUCCUCCCGUGAGCAGCGAGCUGCAGGCACAGCUGCAGCCCUGCCCCACGCUCAGCCUGCCCCAGAUGGAUCCUGCAGGCCAGAGCCCCCCGGGGACCCUCCCCGGGGAGGAGAGCCCCGAGAUGGAUCUGUCCCACCGCUUCUCCAAGGAGGAGCUGGCCCUGCUCUACGAGGAGGUUCUCUACACCAUCCGGCACCGCCUGGGCAAGCCCGAGCAGCAGCACGUCGGGGACUCCCAGGAGCUCUACUCCUACGUGCAGAAGGCUUUUGGCAUGGACGCAGAGGAGCACGCAGUCAUCAUGCAGCAGGUCAUGGAGCUGGAGAGUCCCAUUUACUGCCUGAAAGCCACUGUGAAGGAAGCCAAGGGAAUUUUGGGUAAAGAUGUCAGUGGGCUCAGUGACCCAUACUGCCUGCUGGGCAUCGACACCAGGAGCCAGGAGCCAGCCCACCCCGACCACAAGAAGAGAAUGAAGGCUGUGGUCAAAGACCUCAUCCCUGAGGACCAAAUCCAUCGCACCCAAGUCAUAAACCAGACCCUCAGCCCAGUGUGGAACGAGACCUUCAUCCUGGAGUUUAAAGAUGUGGAGACAGCCAGCUUCCACCUGGACAUGUGGGACUCGGACGUGGUGGAGUCGAUGCGGCACAAACUGGGGGAGCUCACGGACCUGCACGGCCUCAAGAGGAUCUUUAAAGAUGCUCGCAAAGACAAAGGGCAGGACGAUUUCCUGGGGAACGUGGUGGUUCGCCUGAAGGACCUGCACUGCUGGGAUGACCAGUGGUACCAGCUGGAGCCACGGACAGAGACCUAUCCCGAGCGGGGACACUGUCACCUGCAGUUCCUGCUGACACACAAGAAGAGGGCCACCACGAGCAGCCGGACACAGCCGAGCUACACCGUGCACCGCCACCUCCUGCAGCAGCUGGUGUCCCACGAGAUCCUGCAGCACCAGGCUGGCAGCACCUCCUGGGACGGGGAGCUGAGCAGCCACGCCAGCACCGUGCUGUACCUGCACGCCACACAGAAGGACCUCUCUGACUUCCACCAGGACAUGGCGCAGUGGCUGGCCUACAGCAAACUCUACCAGAGCCUGGAGUUCAACAGCAGCUGCCUGCUCCACCAGAUCACCAGCAUCGAGUACCGCUGGGUGCAGGAGCGCCUGAGGCCAGAGCAGAAGGCAGAGCUGGCCGAGUCCUUCCAGUCCCUGCUGACCUACGGGGUCUCCCUCAUCCGUAGGUUCCGCAUCAUUUUCCCCCUCUCUGUCCCGAGGUCCACGGAGAGGCUCCAGUCGCUGCUGAGGGUCCUUGUCCAGAUGUGCAAAACCAAAGCUUUCCAUGAGCUGUGCACACCCAGCCCUGACCUGCCCCAGAUGGUCUCCACAGCUCUGAAGUCAGGCACCACAGAGUGGUUCCACAUGCAGAAGCAGCACCUCAAGCCCAUGGUGAAGAGCAUAGAGGAGAAUAGCAAAGCCUUGUCCAUGCUCCUCCUGGAGGUGAUAGAAGAUCUCAAGCAGUGCCAAAAGAUCUGGAAUAAAUUGUUCAGCACCAACCUGAAGUUGAAUAUCUUCUCCAUUGCCUACCUGGAGCUGGAGAGCCUGGUGGCAGAGCAUGUCCAGGAGCAGCUGCACAAGGUGGACAGCAGCAUGUCCAGGCCCACGGCCGAGAACCUCUUUGAUCUCUACAGGAAACUGCAGGAGCUCUAUCAGAUGAAGGACUCCCUCCCAAGCAGGGAUGGACCUCUGGCUCUGAGCAACUUCCACCAGUGGUUUGAGGAAGCGUUGCCCCUGUGGCUGCAGAAGGCCUACACCACCACGCUGGAGAGGGCCCAGAGAGCCAUCCAGAUGGACCAGCUGAAGCCUUUCGGGUACCACAAGCACAGCACAUCCACUGUUGACCUGUCCACCUGCUACGCCCAGAUCGUGACAACCUGGCAGCAGCUCAACUGGCCAGACCCUGAGAAAGCCUUCAUGAUCAUGGUCAACCUCCUGGAGGACAUGUGCAAGAUCUCCCUGAUGUACUGCAAGCUCAUCAAGGAGAGGGCUGAGGCUCUGUCCCUGAGUGAGCAGAACGAGGGCGAGGGGGCCAACAAGCUCUGCAUCGUGGUGAACAACAUCGAGCAGCUGCGGCUGCAGAUGCUGAAGCUGCCGUCCCAGCUGGCCUGGGCCCAGCUGGAGCAGCGCACCAGGGGCAUCAUCGAGCCCCAGCAGAUCCAGAACGCUCUGCACAACCAGCUCGACAGCACCGUGGCCUGCCUGGACCACGAGGUCCGGGACGUGGUGCAAGCCCUGGCUACCAAGCUGGAAAAGGGCAUUGCCAGACACAUCCAGGAGCUCUCAUCUUCCAGUGACACCCAGAAGCCUGAGGAUUCCAUCAUCCCACUCAUGAAGUUCUUGGAGUCGGAGCUGCAGUACCUCAAUGAGCAUCUGGUCCAGGAGAACUUCAAAAGCCUCCUCACUCUCCUGUGGCACCACACCCUGUCCGUGCUCUCAGCAGCUCGGGGGCCACAGGUGCCCUCGGUCCAGCACUGCCAGAGGCUCUUCUGUGCCCUGAAGAGCCUGGAGCGGUGCUUCUACGCUGAGGGCUGCGGGCUGCCGCUGGAGACCCUCCACAGUGCAGCCUUCAGGACGCUGGAGGCUCACCUGGCUCUCUGCUCCACCAGCAGCCGCAAACUCAUCCAGAAAUACUUCAGCAACAGGAUCCAGCAGCAGAUGAGAUCCUGCAGCUGCUGGAGUCCAGGAAAAGGGACAAAGAAGCUCAAGCCUUCGUCAAGCUCCGCAAGCAACGAGCCAAGCAGUCCAAGGAGACAGAGUGAAGGAGGGGCAGGAAGAUGGCCCUGAAAGGGGAACUUUGGUGGUGUUGGAGCCAGAAGCAUCUGCAGGGAGUGUGGGGACAGAGGGGUCCCUGUGCCUGCCCAGCGCAGCUCCCAGCACCCAGCUCACUCCAACCUUGGGCUGCAAUGCUCCAUGAGCCAGGGAGGGUGGGCAGGUGCAUUGGAGGGGAUUUCUUUGCCUGCCUGCCUGGACUAGUAACACUACACGAGGGAUGUGGAAGUGUGGCUGUCCCUGUCCAUCCCUCUGGAGUUUGUCACUGCCAGUGCUGCAUGUCCUGGCCGUGUCCCCAGCCCUCCUGUCUGCAACACGACUGAUUCAGGCUGGGGACAGCCAUGGCCAAACCGGCCUUCAGUUUUGGUUUAUCUUUAAAUUUUAAAAUUUUUUUUCCCCUCAUUCUCUUGUGGAUAAGCCUCUAAUUUUAAAUGAGAAGCCACAAAGCUGGUGCGUGGGCUGUGUGCUUUGGGGCAGCAGCACAGUGGGGUGGGACAAGGCAUUUGAGAUCUGGUGGGAGCUACUGAAUUUCUCCUUUUUUAAAAUG